AGUUAGGUGAUUAAAAGUUUGGUGACUUGCGUGAAUGUAAUUGUUAUUGUUUUGCUGUUGUUGCUGCAAUGCCUGCUUUACAUGAAGGGUGUCACAGUUCAGCCUCAAGCCCCAACUGGAGACAAUCUGGGCAGAGAGCCUCAUUCCCCAUCUCUGUAAAGGAUACAAACCAAAGAAACAGUUUCAGUAGACUUCAGUCUAUCUACCCACCCAUAGGUUGCAGGACGCUUGCAAAAUCUUUGGCCCAACUUGUUUUAAUAUGCAGUUCCACCACCAUGGAAAUGCAUUCCCCAAAAUCCAUUCAAUGGACAGCCCAGUCAAACCAAGGAUAGUGACUGUGGUGAAGCCGGGAGGGAGGAGACACCUAAGGAAGAUAACAAUACUUCUCAACAGACGUUCUGUACAGACCUUUGAGCAGCUCAUUGUAGACAUAUCAGAAGCUCUGGGUUUUCCUCGAUGGAAGAAUGACCACGUGAGAAAACUAUUCACCCUUAAAGGCAGGGAAAUCUGUAGUGUGUCAGAUUUCUUCCGUGCUGAUGAUGUCUUUGUUGCAGCUGGAAGGGAAAAGCUGACUCUGAAGGAAGUUCAGGAGGUUUUGGAGGAUCUCUAUCCUGAUAGUCCAUAUUCUCAGAGCCUAUUUCAAAAAGACUGGGAGCGUUCCCAGAAGCCCAAGACUUAUGAUAAGGGCUCCAAGGCAGACAGCGGCUUUGAUGAGGAGUCUGAGGUUGCUAAGCAACACCUUGGUACGAACCUGGAAAGAGUCAGGGCCAAGGCCAGACAAGAGGAAAGAGUGAAAGCCAGAAAAUGGAAGAAGGAACAUUGGGAACAGGAACAGAAAGAGCUGACUGAUAGGAAAAGAACAAAGGAGAUUUAUCCAAUAAGAGAUGAGAUAAUUGAUAAAGGGGCAGUCGCCUAUGAUGUGGGAUACUGUGAAAAGUGUAAAAGAGAACAACACCUCAAAGUGCACUGUGAAUCUACCAAAGAAAAAGAUGGGUCACCUGAAAAAGAAGUCCAAAGGAGGGGUAAAGAGCAGCCUGAUGACCUGCACUCAGAAAAGAAAAAACUAAGGCAAAGGGGUCCUAGAGCAUUGCAGAAAAAUGUCAGGGAAGGAAAAGAAGAGGGAGAUAAUGUGAAAGACAUCAAAAAGACUUGCAAGGAACACUCCAGGGUGGCUAAAGAACAUGCAGAACACAAGGUAGAAAAGAAGAUGGUACAAAAAGAAAAUCCACAAGUGCAAAAGGAACCAAAAAGGGCAAUUCAUGAAUCUGUGGGGGAAGUAGAAGCACCUCAGAAACCCAUAGAAAAGCAAAGCUCUGGGGCAGAGAUAAGAAAGAAAAUACCCUCUAAAAAAGAAAACACUGAAAAAAGCAAUGAAAAGAAAGAACUUCAUGAAAAGAUGGAAAAAGCAGAGCAAGGGGAAAAAGCUACUGAGAAAAUAGAAAAGAAAAGAAGUCCAGCAAUGAGCCAGGAAGAAAAUGUUAAAAAAAAAUCUACAAAUAUAUCUGCUGUAAAAUCUAGACACAUAAAAACAGCAAGUGACAUAGAGAGCUUUUAUGAGAUCGGUCGAACCGUUGGGGAUGGGAACUUUGCAGUUGUGAAGGAGUGCAAGCUUCGAAACACAGACGCCCUGUAUGCCAUGAAGAUUAUUGAUAAAGCCAAACUGAAGGGGAAGGAGCACAUGAUAGAAAAUGAGAUCUCUAUCAUUAAAAGCCUCUCUCACCCGAAUGUUGUGAGACUGCUGGAGGAGUACGAGACUGACAGCGAGGUCUAUCUGAUCAUGGAGUUUGUUCACGGAGGGGACCUCUUUGAUGCCAUCACAGAUAGUGUGAAGUUCACCGAGCACAGUGCGGCUCUCAUGAUCAUUGACCUUUGUCAGGCGCUGGCUUAUACUCACAGCAAAAAUGUGGUGCACAGGGACCUCAAACCAGAGAACCUGCUGGUUCAACAUAAUGUGGAUGGAAGCACUACACUAAAACUGGCAGACUUUGGUCUUGCAAUGGAGGUGACUGAACCCAUUUUCACAGUCUGUGGGACACCUACGUAUGUGGCUCCAGAAAUACUCUCUGAGAAGGGUUAUGGUCUGCAAGUUGACAUGUGGGCCACUGGUGUGAUCCUCUACAUCCUGCUGUGUGGUUUCCCUCCAUUUCGCAGUCUGGAGAGAGACCAGGAGGAGCUGUUUGAAAUCAUCCAGCUCGGGGAGUAUGAGUUCCUGUCCCCCUACUGGGACAGCAUCUCCGAUGGUGCCAAAGACCUGAUCAGCAAGCUGCUGGUGGUUGAUGAGCACAAGCGAUACACUGCUCAGCAGGUCCUGCAGCACCCCUGGGUGCGAUCAGGAGGCAAGAUGAACAGCUGCAACCUGCAGAGAGAGGUGACGAUGAACAUCGAGCAGCACUUCAAGAACCGUCGCAGGAGAGAGCACGCUGCCAAGCAGUAG